GGAUUCAGGGCCGGAGGGUCUGCUGGGGGGCCAGUGGGCGGGACCCGAGGGCGGAGGGGCCGGGAGGCCGAGAGGGGCGGGGUCGCGGCGGGGCCUGAGGGGCGGAGGCCGAGAUUCUUGGGAAAGGAUCCGCUGGCCUUGAACUCCCGGCUCCGCCGGCCUUGAACUCCCGGCUCCGCCGCCCCUAGGCCUCAUGGCGGUCCGAGCGUCGUUCGAGAACAACUGUGAGAUCGGCUGCUUUGCGAAGCUCACCAACACCUACUGUCUGGUGGCGAUCGGAGGCUCAGAGAACUUCUACAGUGUGUUCGAGGGCGAGCUCUCCGAUACCAUCCCUGUGGUGCACGCGUCUAUCGCCGGCUGCCGCAUCAUCGGGCGCAUGUGUGUGGGGAACAGGCACGGUCUCCUGGUGCCCAACAAUACCACCGACCAGGAGCUGCAACACAUUCGCAACAGCCUUCCAGACACAGUGCAGAUUCGGCGGGUGGAGGAGCGGCUCUCAGCCUUGGGCAAUGUCACCACCUGCAAUGACUACGUGGCCUUGGUCCACCCAGACUUGGACAGGGAGACAGAAGAAAUUCUGGCAGAUGUGCUCAAGGUGGAAGUCUUCAGACAGACAGUGGCUGACCAGGUGCUGGUAGGAAGCUACUGUGUCUUCAGCAAUCAGGGAGGGCUGGUGCAUCCCAAGACUUCAAUUGAAGACCAGGAUGAGCUGUCCUCUCUUCUUCAGGUCCCCCUUGUGGCGGGGACUGUGAACCGAGGCAGUGAGGUGAUUGCCGCUGGGAUGGUGGUGAAUGACUGGUGUGCCUUCUGUGGCCUGGACACAACUAGCACAGAGCUGUCAGUGGUGGAGAGUGUCUUCAAGCUGAAUGAAGCCCAGCCUAGCACCAUUGCCACCAGCAUGCGGGAUUCCCUCAUUGACAGCCUCACCUGAGUCACCUUCCAAGUUGUUCCAUGGGCUCCUGGCUCUGGAUUGUGGCACCUUCUCCACACUCCACCCAAUCUGUACCGGAUGCUGGCAUGGAGGUGGCAGAGAGCUCACUGGGACUGAGUAGCUGGGCACCCAACCCUUUUCCACCUGUACUCAUCACCUGAAUCUAUCAUUACUGCAAAAACCUGCUCUGUUGCGCUGGCUGGCAGGCCCUGUGGCUGCUGGCUGAGGGUUCUGCUGUCCUGUGCCACCCCAUUAAAGUGCAGUUCCCUCCGGGCCA